CGGAAGCCUGGAUAGUAGGAGGUUUCCAACAUGGCCGCCGCCUGCUACGAGAAGGAAGUGGUGGUAGGUGCCGCUAUACACGGACACGGUCAUCACCAUCACCACCACCAUCAUCACCAUCACCAUCACCAUCACGGUGCGACGGGGCAGAGCGGCCAACAGCAGCAGACCGUCCUGCCGGGUGCACCGACUAUCCUCGACACCACCGCCGUCGGCACAGGCUCGGGCACGACCACCGCGAACACAACCGCGACUGCGGCGACCGCCGCAGCUGUGGCGGCCGCGGCCGCAGCAGCCGCGGUCGCCGUCACCACCUACAAGGACUACAAGGAUUAUUCGCAGCCGCUUCACGUGGAUUGCAGCGUCGAGUACGAACUGCCUAGCCAGGCGAAGCCACCACCCGGCGGCGGCGAACCGCUUCUGAUGAUACAUCCGUGUUACUAUCGACGAGCGGAACGCGAGAGGAGAAGCCCGUUCGUUAACAAUCUACCGCCGCCGGCGAACGCGCCAAUAUCCUCGUCGAGACGUACCAGCAGGAGAAGCGCGACGGCCGGAGUCGUGAUCGCAACCGCGACCGUGUCGUCGACGUCGUCGGUGGUACCGUCCUCCACGGCGGUCGUAUCCUCUGUAUCCACCUCGACCGUGUCCUCGUCGACAUCCGCCACUGCUGUCUUAUCGGCGACCGCGGCAGUGGUCGCGACCACCGAUACCGCCGCGAAUCUGGUCUCCGCUACCGGUCAGAUGUCCGCCGCAAUGGCUGCAUCCUAUCGAGCGGCACUCAACGCUGCUGCGACGCUUUCUCAACAACAGCAACAACAAAGACGGCAACAUCAUUCGCAGCCCCAGCAGCCGCCACCUCCACCACCGCCGCAGCAGCAGCAGCCGCAUCAUCAUCAUCGAACACACGCCCAACAUCCUCAUCACGGUCCUCCGCAACAACCACAACAACAACAGGGUUCGAUAACACCGACCACCGCUACCGGCAACGAACUGAUUUCUGCCGACGAAAAAGCAGUUAUAUCAGGUAUUUAUCAACACUACUUCCGCGCGAUGCGCGCUCACAAUCAUCAGCAUCAACAGCAGCAACAACAACAGCCGCAACAGCAGCAACAUCGUACGAGUCAUCAACUGCAUCAUCAACCUCACCAAAGCGACAGAAGUUCCUCCACCUCGUCGGUCACGUCGACAGCCGCCACGUCGAUAUCCGGCAUACUACGGCAGAGUUAUCAACAGACGUACAACGCGAGCAACUCGAGCACCGCGAGCCAUCUGCGGGUCGCGACCGCCUCCGCGGUUGUCGCGCAUCAUCCGUAUAGGCGGCCGUCGGCCUCGUUGUUGUCGCGUGCGGCGUCCCACCUGGGACAGCAGGCCUCCCUGUCGUCAUCUUCCUCCUCGAACUCCUUAUCCUCGUCCGCCUCGAUCGGUGCUUCCAGCGGCGUUUCGACCGGCGGUGUUUCGAGCGUGUACGCGAGCACGAUACACAGGCAUCACGCCGCCACAUCGUUGCACGCCCUUCAGGCGGCCGGUUUUUACGAGACGCCCGGUUAUCAUGCGUUAUUGCCGCAGAGUUAGGUGACCACCAUCACCAGCAGCCCGCUAGAAAACGACCCCGUUGCCGUCGGCCUUUGUUUAUUCACGUAAUCCCGGGUGCAGCUCUGGUACUCCUAUUUCCCUAUUGUACGACUUAUCUCUUCCACACGUUAAAGAGCAUACGGGUUGGUCUAGUACACACCGAUGGGGAUACAUCUAUCUCUCCCGUACAUACCCUCCUACCUACCC